CUAUUUUUUGUUACUUUACAGGUGAAUUGCCUAUCCUGUCUGUGGAUUUAUGGUGCUUGUCUUUGGGAUGGUGAAGAGGCUUAAUUUGUCCUGUGCAGAUUCCAAAUCUAAAGGCUUCUCUUCUUGAUCGACCUUUCUUUUCAAAAUAUAUUCAAGCUAAGCACCAAAUAAAUAUGGAUACCAAACAGUGUAGUCUCUGGAUGUUUCUACCUCUUGUAAUGUCUCUAUUCACUACAGUUGGCUUAUGGAUAGUGUACUUCAUUGCCAUAGAAGAUAACAAAAUAUUUUCUCUAACUUUUGACAAAAGACCUGAUGGAAUCAGAAGACCUCCCUAUAUAAGUGUUGCAGGUGAUGCACCUCCUGCAAGCUGCGUGUUUAGUCAAGUUAUGAACAUGGCCGCUUUUUUAGCCUUAAUUAUUGCUGUCCUGCGUUUCAUACAAUUGAAGCCAAAGACCAUCAGCCCCUGGCUCAGUAUCAGUGGACUUGUGGCCUUAUGUUUGACAUCAUUUGGAAUGACGUUGUUGGGUAAUUUCCAGUUGAAGAGCAACGAACUUAUACAUAAUGUUGGCACUUCCAUGACCUUUGGGUUUGGCACAAUAGCCUGCUGGAUUCAGUCCAUCCUGACCUUUAAAAUAAACAUUAAGAAUGAAGGAAAAAGAACUGGAAUCCCUAGAGUUAUAUUAUCAGCAACAAUAACACUCUGUGUUAUCAUCUAUUUCAUCUUUGAAUGGCAGAAAAUGAACAUUUACGCACCAAGAGUCCAGUGGGUGCUUGUGAUGUGUUUUGUAACUUUUUUUGGGACACUGGCGGUGGAGUUUAGACACUGUAGAUUUGAAAUCAUUUGUGUUGAAAACCAGCAGCACCAGGAGAUUUUCCACAGUAUGUCUGAAAAUAUGUCUGACAUGUCAGAGUACCAAACAGAUCAGCUGUAAAAAUGAUGUUAACACAACAUUACCUGUAAACGUGGACACAUGAACAAAGUCUACAGUCUGAAGUAAAUGUGAGAACAUUUGAAAGGUGGUUACAAAGGACAGCGCAACAUUUCUUAAACUUUCUUCAGUGUUAAUUUUUAAACAGAUAUUUUUUUUUUAAAUCUGGAUAAAAAAAUGCUGACUCGUGAAAAACUUGCACCUGUGAAGAAGAAGCAUUCCUUGGAUUAAUAUAGUGGAUCCUACACAGAAAGCAAUCCAGAUCGUUCUUAUCGUCAUUCAUGUGCAAAGAUACGGACUGCUGUACAGAAUGAAACAACAAGAAUGUGGUCCAAUGUGAGAUUAUGAUCAAGGAUUUACCAAGACUGGCUAAUUUGUUGAAUACUGACAAUCUUUUUUUGACUGAAUGUGUGUAUGCAAGGCAGGCUUGAGAGGAAUCACUUCGGGAAAAACGUCGGGUUUUGACAUGUCAGGAAAACCGGUCAUGUGUACAGGUCAUAACCCUACUAUAUCCAUGGCUAAAAUAAAAAGGUUUUGGCUAAA